AUGAUAAUUGAAGCGCAGUAGAAAAAAGCUUGUGAAAAAAUAAUUUGUGGCAGCGAAAAUAAAUAGCAGAGCAGUUAAAGCGUCCAAUUUCUGUGUGUAAUCCAACAAGAGUGUUCUACAGAUAUUACCAAAGCCAAAGAGGCCUAAAUAGAGUUUAGCUAAUACUUAAAUUAUCCGAAUAACAGUGACAAUAUGUCAGAAGAGGAGCUGGCGCCAAUUAACGAGCAGGACUUGAAGGACCUGAAGGAGCGAAUGAAACUAAUUGCUGACGCCGAUCCCAGUCAGUAUCAUAAUGAGUUCUCUUUGCGUCGCUAUUUGCGGGCAUUCAAGACGACAGACGCCGCUUUCCAAGCCAUACUCAAGACGAACAAGUGGCGUGAAACAUAUGGAGUGGCCAAGCUGAGUGAGAUGGAGUGCAGUCAUUUGAAGAACAAGGCGCGUGUGUUGCGGCAUCGUGACUGUAUUGGUCGUCCAGUGAUUUAUAUACCAUCCAAGAAUCAUUCCACGGCACGCGACAUUGAUGAGCUGACGCGAUUCAUUGUCCACAAUCUGGAGGAUGCUUGUAAGCGGUGCUUCGAGGAGGUCACCGAUCGUCUGUGCAUUGUUUUCGAUCUGGCCGAGUUCAGCACGUCCUGCAUGGACUAUCAGCUGGUGCAGAAUCUAAUCUGGCUGUUGGGCAAGCAUUAUCCGGAGCGUCUAGGUGUUUGCUUAAUCAUCAAUGCGCCUGGAAUCUUCUCUACCAUUUGGCCGGGAAUUCGCGUACUGCUAGACGAUAAUACCUCGAAGAAGGUAAAGUUUGUCAGCAAUGAGACGGAGCUAUGUCAAUACCUAAUACCGGAUAUACUACCAACGGAUAUGUAAUCUUCUACUUCACCGCUUUCCGCGUUCCAAUUAGUCAUAGACAUACACAUAUCUCCAUAUGAGGCACUUGUGACAUUAAGCGACGUGUACCUAUUAGAAACCAGUACCUAAGACGUUGUAUUUGUAUCUAUGCAGAAAGAUUUAACAUAGUUUGUACUCCACACACCCAACAUAAUAAUUGUCUACAAAUAAUGAAUGUCUUUAAUUUGUAGCAAAGUGAAACACACAGUUGAUUG